GGAAUUUGCAUAUAUCCCAUGAUGCACCGCGGUCUCAACUAUAUAUACGCUCGAGCCGUGACGUCAUCAUUUGAAAAAUGGCGGGUUCCGGUGAUGGCAGCAUCCCGGGAGCUCCCGUAAACACAGUGUUUACGGUUGAACCAAAGCUGUUGCAGGACGCUCCAGAAGUUUUACUUUGCUGUGUAAACACUCACCAGUUCCCAAUCCAUUUCUCGGGGGUUUCGUGCAUCGAAGUAGCUACACGGCGCUGUCACAUAGCAGUACCGGGCGACCCGCCGUCAGUGCGCCGGCUGUGCUUGAUGCCUGAUCGGAACCUGGAUAGCCUGUUCGCCGGGGUGACUUCCCCAGUGAAACUACGGAUCAAGUCGAGUUCUACCAUUCAUUUCGAAUGCUCUAAAGAUGCUGAUAGGCAGCAGGCCAGAGGUACCCUUCUUUGGGACACAGAGAUACUGCCAACAGACAGUGCAGCCUUCAUACUUCCAGCAGUGACGACAGAUAUCCCGGCUGACUUACCGUACGAGACAGACAUUCAGCCUGUAGACCCCAAUCUACCAUACCCUGACCAUUGCAACUGUCAGAUGUCUGAAUCUGUACAGUCACCUCCAAUACUUUGCGACAUGCAAACAGAGUCACAACUAGACCCUCUUGUAUGUAGCUUGGAGGACUUGCAUUUUUCUUCAGAUGGGGGGGAGUCGGAUGACCAAGAUCUAGAUGCAGAGUUGGAAGAAGACGAAGACACAGAUAACCAUGCUGCAAAUCGUAUGAGUGGGCAGAUUUUUUCUGUUGUUGGCUCUACGUGGCAUACUAGUUGUCAGGCUGUGCUAGAUAAGUGUGAAAAACUGAGAAGGGAGGGAGAAGAUGUCAAAGUCCAGGUAGCCUUUGAGCCCACCAAUAUCAAGGAUAGGAAUGCCAUCGUGUUUGAAAUGUUCAUAGAAAACACUUGGCAGAUAGUGGGUUAUUGCCCAGGCCCCAAAGUCCCCAAACUGACAAGAGCAAUGAGAAAUGGUUUCAUCACUGAGAUUGCGAUGCACAAGUUGACUCAUUCCUUCUGCUUCCCUGCAAAGAAAUUCAUGUACAAAGUUCAGGUGAAGAUUGUGAAGAGAGGGAUUUGGGAAGGCGAUGCAAAAGACUACAGGUUCAAUUCGGUCAUUGUAUAAAAAGUAUAACGAGGCAACAACCCAUCAACUCGAUUUGAUCUGUAGUUUUAUUGGGAAUUUUGUUACUCGCUUGUGCCUCCACUCUUAACUUUCUGCCCUGACUCACUAUAUUAUUAGUGGAGGGCGAUACCACAUUGCGACUGCAAAAAAAAGUGGUCGCUGGUUGGAUUAGGCAGUUGGUUGCUGGGAGAAAGGCAAAAACUGAUAUCUUAUAAGGUCAGAACCCGUAUAACACUUAGGACUAUGUCUAUACAUGUUCUCCUCUUUCCUGACUUGCAACAAAAUAACAUCUUUUAUGAGUAUCAUUGAGUAAUAAAACUUAAGGUUCUGAAGAAAACAAAAUCUGAAGAGCAUGCCUCAUAAGUUCAAUAACUAGUUUGACAGUUACAAUAACUAGUUACAAUAACUAGUAUAACACUUGCAACAAUGUAUAUACCUGAGUUCUCUUCUUUCUUGACUUGCAACAAAAUAGCAUCUUUUAAGUAUACAUUCAGCAAUAAAACUAAAGGUUCUGAAGAAAACAAUAUCCGCAGUGCUUGCCUCAUAUAUACAAUAACUAGUUUGACAGAAGGAUACUUCAAAGCAUAACUAGGCAAAAACCUGUAUAACACUUGCGACAAUGUCUAUAUAUACCUGUGGUCUCAAGAUCAAAAACUGAUUGUCAUAUAAGGUCAAUACCUGUAUAACACUUGCAACAAUGUCUAUACCCGAGUUCUCUUCUUUCCUCACUUACAACAAAAUAGCAUCUUUUACAAGUAUACAUAUACAGAAUAAAAAGUAAACAUACAUAAAAUAAAAGACUUAGAUAUAUACAACAGUGGUGACAGGUGGAAACAAGUGGCUACAGGCACUUUCUUCUGUAAAAAAACAAACAAUGCUUGGUACCAUGACUAAAAAGUACAUUUAUAUCAAAAUCUCACUCAUCAAAAAAUCGGGCAAGUGGGGUAGGACAUGAGCUUGCCCAAUCAGCACUUUCACUUGGCUAGGACAAUAAAACUUUUGGACUUGUCCAACCCUGGAUGUGGAUAUAACAGUUUAAAAGUAAUCUU